AUGAGUUCCUCAGCCGCCACCGAUCCCCUUGAGUUGGUGUGUUGUCGCCAUGGCCGGAAUUGUCUGAUUGGCCGAAUCGAGGCAGAGCAAAGACGCGGAGCCAAAGAAGACGUUGGCGACCUUCACACGGCGUGAGUUCGGGGUCAGAACAGGGAUUUAUAAUUUUUUUUUUUUUUUUUUUUUUUUUUAAUUAAUUCCUCGUCAUGGAUAACGUGUAUAAGUUUCGUAAAAUUGUUAGCAAAAAGUAUAAGGAUUUGCUGCAGAGAAGAGAAGCAAACUCUUCGGACCCCAGUGAAGGAACCUGUCGAGAAUUAUGGCUACGAGAACGUCUCCAUGCAGCCCCAUGAUCUCAUUUCUCCACCCAAAAGCCCGCAAUAUGAGAAUUUGAAUUUGCCGAAAACGGUUGAAUCCGCUCCGAGCCAACUCUGUGAUGUGUUCGAUUUCACCGAUUUCUACCUCGGAGUUGUCUCCAAAGCCAAGGCUGCUCGUCGUUGCAAAGCCAGGACUUCUUUUUAUCUCUAUCAUCGCCUCGAAGAGGUCAAAAAACUUGGUGAUCUGCAGCCGAAAUUGCCUUUGUACAUUGUGUAUCAGGCCAGCAAUGGACGUCAUUAGUAAGUUUCUGCUCAAUCCUUUUAGUUUUGGAAAGAUUUUCUUUAAUUUUUGUCAUCAAAGAUGACUCAAAUGACAUAAUUUUCAGUCAUUUCUCGGUCGUUCGCAGUAUCAUGAAUGCAACUGAGGUUUACUACGUGGAUUGUGGCGACAAAGGAUCUCCAAAGUUCUACACACUUUCUUCUCUGAUGAAGUAUUACUCCCGUUAUGUCCAGUUUCACAACACUACUGAUGGAAAUGUGGACCCGGAUGUGUUCCCAUGGUGGAUUCGAGAAAAGGAAAAUUGA